AUGAUAAGUGCUGUUGGCCCUAAUGGCCUCUACAACGUCACCGGGUGGGAUAGGCGAGCUAAACUACUCAAGCCUGGUGUUGAGAGCCCACUUAAGGGCUCAGUAUACGCGCGUCCUAAGGGCGCCUCCUGUGAGGCGAACCUCGGCUUAGGACGCCGUCGUCGACUCGAGGGAGGAAUGACGUGUGCAUUCAACGUCGCACGCCUAGGCGUCGACGAGACAGUAAGAAUGAGGGACCUCGACCCCGCCGGCGGGGUCGCCAAGAUGAGAACCAUCGAAGAAAUAAAAGAAGUAACGCAAGCAACGAAUGAUGCAAUUAAAAAAGCAAUUUCAAGUGGAAACUCUUUGGUGCAGAAGUUCUACGAUAAUGCUGUGGUGUUUAUCACUGGUGGGUCAGGAUUUGUAGGCAAACACAUGAUUGAGAAAAUCUUCAGAUCAACAAAUGUUCGAAAAAUCUACAUGUUGUUGCGAGUUAAGAAGGGAAAAACUGUUCAAGACAGACUUAAAGUAGUUUUGGAAGAUCCGCUUUUCGAAGAACUUCUUAAAGAACAACCAGAUUUUGUUAACAAACUCGAGAUUGUAGAAGGUGAUUCUAGCAAAGAUAACCUCGGUAUAGAUGAGAAUAGUUGGGCGAGGCUGACUGGCGAGGUCAACAUAAUAUUUCACGCUGCGGCGUCGAUAAAUUUUCGCGAAUCUCUAAAAUUGGCGACUUUUACAAACAUUAAGGGAACCAGAGAGGUGAUAGAAUUAGCUAAAGCUUGCAAACACUUAAAAUCGGUCGUCCACGUGUCCACAGCGUACACACACGCCACAAGAGGUCAUUUCAAAGGGGAUGUAAAAGAAGAUUUCUACGAGAGUCCAAUACCUCCUCAAACAAUGAUACAACUCGCUGAAAAUGUGGAUGAUGAUAAGCUGGAUGCCAUGUUCGAACCGUUUAUGUCAGAAAGGCCGAACUCUUAUGCAAUCACAAAAGCAGUUGCUGAGGAACUCGUUAAGGUCAUGGGAGAAGGUUUGCCUAUUUGCAUCGUUCGACCAGCGAUCGUGAUAUCUGCGUACAGGGAACCAACUCUCGGAUGGGUUGACGUUAAUAAUACGUUUGGAGGGAGCGGGAUAAUUCUUGGACUUUCACUAGGCGUUAUGCAUACUUUAUACGCUGAUAAUAUAAAGAUCGACUUGGUUCCCACGGAUAUCGUGAGCAAUACUAUAAUAACUGCAGCGGUGGAGACACACGACAGAUAUAUUAGAGGAAUUCUAAAGCCUAUUAUUUAUACAGUUAGUGGCAACAGAAAUCCACUGAAUUUCUCCGAACUUUGUGAUAUUGUUAAUAAUGAAGCAAGAAUUCUGGCACCAACAAAAGCAUUAUGGUAUUGCACCGCAAUUAUUACCCCAUACAAGUUUUUCCAUUUACUGAUGACAGUGAUAUAUCAUUACAUUCCUGCGAUUGUAGUUGAUGGGUGUUGUUUGUUACUUGGAAAAAAAGCAAGGUUGUUGAAGGUUUACAGAUUGGUGCAAUCCCUAACGUCAGUUUUUUCGUUUUACCUAAACAACGAAUGGAACUUCCACGACGAGAACACGCUGAGUCUCCACAACAACUUAUCGGAAACGGACAAAGUGAUCUACAAUUGUGAUAUGGCAUCUGUUCACAUGAAAGAAUUAGUUUUAAUAUGGUCCUAUGGAGUUGUGAAAUUUAUCGCAAAAGACGAUAUGAAAAACAGAAAUUACGCUUUAAGGAAACAGUUGGUGCUGAGAAUCGUCCAUUACAUAGUAUUCCCAUUGUACUUGUUCGGGUUAUUUAAACUAACUUCUGCUGUUAUCACGUUUACAUAUUUUGUUAUCGUUAUGUUUUAUACGAUGAGGAUUAUCGAAGAAAUACAAGAAGAAGCGCGAUCAACGAAUGAUGCAAUCAAAAAAGCAAUUUCAAGUGGAAACUCUUCGGUGCAGAAGUUUUACGAGAAUGCUGUAGUUUUUAUAACUGGAGGGUCGGGAUUUGUUGGGAAACACAUGAUCGAGAAAAUCUUUAGCAGAGUUAAGGGCGACGUCAAACCGGACGCGGAGGGCAUACGUUCGCUGUCGCAGGCGAAACGGCCUCAAAGUGAACUUAGCAGCUUCGCAGCUGUGGGCCGCAUAUCGCCAGUUGAAAAAGUAGUUACAAAAGGCGAUAUGUUGUACCAAACAGAGAGCAAGGGAGCAGCUUCUAAUGGGCCUGAACAGGAACCCGUGGGGGCGCGUACCUUUCGUGGUUUGCAAGGGAAGCUACGGACACACGGAGCUCCUAUUACGGAAUCGCUACCGCCAGAUCUUCUUCUGCGACUGGUCGGGGAACUAUUUCCUCACCCAGCAUGUGCGCUUGCCCCACCAAAUAUGGCCAUUCGCUCCGUGACGGUUAACAAUGUUAUUAUGGUUAAUGUAACAUAUCACGGAGUAAGAGAUGAAGAUGACCUUGGAUCGAUUGAGGGCCAGAACCGGGUCCAGACGGAGUUCUAG